AUGAUUAAUAACUUUGAUUAUGUUUAAAAAAAUGGGGCUGAAAUUUUCAAAAUGUGCUGCUUUGAAGUAAAUUAAGGCCUUGACUCCUUAAUCUAAAAGCUUUCUGACUUAAGAGAAACACUUUAUAAAUGUGCUCACAUUUAAGCUAAACCUUUAAUGGACAGUACUCAUGAAGAGGAUUGCAUUGUAAUAAGUCAGCUUUUAAAAUCUACAAACAAUUCAUAAAAAAAGGACAUAUUCUCUCGUACCAUAGAAGUUAUUUCUUAAUACAAAGAAUAAUUCAUAAUUAUUGACAGAGCUAUUAACAAGAAACUUAAAAAUGUAUGUGAUCUUCACUAACGCAACUCUGUAAAUAGAAAGAUUUAUGAUAAUUUAAUGAUAAAGCAUAGUUAACUAUUUAACUAUUUCUAUUCUCUUUAGGAUUGUGAUUCUCCAACGAAAAUUAGAUCUGAUGUAUUCAAAUUUUGA